GGUGCUUCCCCGUUUUCGGUAGGAAAUUCCACGCCGACCAUUGACAAUAAUUCGUUCCAUGCCUCCACCGGCCAUGUAAAUGAACUUUUGAUGCAUGAAACGGCCAAGCAGCAGGGCGUACGACUGGUGAGGGAGAUGCAGCCAUGUGUAGGCUGCGUGGAGGCGAAGGGCAGGCGGGCACCGGUGCCGCGGCAUGGCACCCGCUCGGCGGUACCGUUCGGCAAAGUCCACAUUGACCUCACGGACCCGCUCUCUGACGCGCUGGACGGCUCCCGGUACCUGAUCAUGUUCGUGGACAUCGCAUCGCGGUGGCAACGGGGGUACGGGAUGCGGGCCAAGAGCGACACCCUGAAGUUCGUGCAGCGGUUCCUCGCCGGCAUGAACUGCAUGGGCACUCCAGGGUGUUUCCGCAUGGACAACGGCGACGAGUUCGCCGGCUCCGCCUUCACCUCGUUCUGCGACGCUGCUGACAUUCGGCGCGAGUACACCUCGCCCGACACCCCCAAGCAAAACACGGUGGUUGAGAGCGCCAUAUGGCGCGCCAUGAAGGGGGGCCACGCCGCGCGCCGCCACAUCCUCGCCAUGGGCCACGUCGACCUCUCCUCCAUCCCCAACGUCGGCGUCAACGGACAUCGCCUGUGGCUCGCGUCGGCGCUGUGGGCAUUCGCCUGCUUCAACCGCUCCGCGACGAAGGCCAACCUGGGCUGGAUGUCGCCGUUUGAGGCGUUCUUCGGCCGGAAGCCGCCCCUCACCGUCGUCCCUUUUUUCCAGGAGGGGAUGAUGCGCGUGAAGCGGGCCACGAAGGCGGACGUCCAAUCCGCGCGGUGCUUCUACCUGCACGGCGCCAACAACCACUCAACGUCUACCGCCGUCGUUCUGCGCGCUGACACCGGCUGCCUCGCCCUCACCAACAACGUGUGGGUCAACCGCCGGGCAGGGGCGCCGGCGCCGGUGCCGGACAUCGGGGGGGUUUCUUCGGUCACCGCGGCGCCCUCGCCGGCCACCGCCGUACCACCGCUCUCCACCACCGUCUUGGUCUGUUAGCGAUGAUGGACAAGGACUCCCUCAUCUCGUCGCUCGCCACUAUUUGUUCAUGACGGGUUUGCCGGCUUCUUCACGUUGCCGUCCAUGUGGGCCAAUCGGAGGGAGCUCGCCUNUCUACCGUCUUGGUCUGUUAGCGAUGAUGGACAAGGACUCCCUCAUCUCGUCGCUCGCCACUAUUUGUUCAUGACGGGUUUGCCGGCUUCUUCACGUUGCCGUCCAUGUGGGNUUCAUACGAUGUAUCAGUAUGUAAAUAACGUAUAAUGCGACAAGCACUGUCGCUGGGACACCCACAUUCUCGACGCCAGCACGAGAUCCUUUACUCCUGCUUGAGCGAUGAACAAAGUUCAACACAAGACGCUCACAUACAUGACCGCUGUUGCUUUGCUCUUGAAACCACGGCGAUGAAGCUCGCUUUCGGAUUUGCUCAGAAUCGAGUCCCACCCUGCAUCUCCAUCACCUACCUCAAGGAACGUGAAGCCAUUCUCGAGAUAUAUCGGAUUAUGGUUUGCCAUUUCAUCGCCUUCUUCUUCUGCCGUGGAAAAGGGGAGCAUGUCAUGUUUGUGCGCGGCCCGCAUGCACAAGAAAACGCGCGGCAGAAUGAGCCAUCGCGAGACAUGAUGACCGCCGUGAACUCCUUCAGCUUACAACCGACCGUGGUGAUGCGAUCUCCAGGGUUGUCUGUUGACAUCCGGGCCUACCCAUUCACCCACUCUUGUCUUGUGCCUGACGUUGUUGUGACCACACUGCGCAAUGUCAAACGCUACGUCACGAUGGG